CUGGGCCAACAACGAGUAUUAUGAACAAUGGUGGCUGUUGAUGCUGAUUCAUAUAUACGAGGUAGAAAUCGUGGUCCCUAGAAAUUAAGGCGCACGUGGGUUCGAGUGACAAGACAGGUCGUCUUGAGGCAGAGUUCUACAACUAGGAUGAGUGACCACGCUCCUUACGGAGAUACUCAACGCACUAGAGCUGAGCAACAUCAGUAAAAGUGCUUGUCCUUUUAUAAAUAUCUUUUCCCCUCUAACCAUUCUCCCAGCACAACGAGCACGACCAACGUUGUUUCGCCGAAAGGUUGUGCGGUUAUUUUACAGGCCUACGCCAAGCUAGGACGAGCUCACAAGGGUCUCUUCCUGCGUAUAUUAAGGCUCCCACAAUAAAGAUAAACCAUC